GGCCACACUUGACGUUAGCGGAGAUAAUAUGGUGGACUCUGUUCCUCCAGAGCCAAAAGCCGCUCCGUUGUGGAAUUUCACGGAAGAUGCUGAAGAAACGGGAGCUGUUGCUUUCCAAGAACCAAUCCUCUAGUGAAGAUGAGACCAUGGUCCCAGUACUAACCUCCAGAAAAGCCAGCGAGCUCCCGGUUAAUGAAGUAUCGUGUAUCCUGCAGGCCGACCUGCAGCUGGGUCUGAGCCAGGAGGAGGUGAGCCGGAGGAGGGCCUACCACGGCUGGAACGAGUUCGACAUCAGCGAGGAGGAGCCGCUAUGGAGGAAAUACAUCUCGCAGUUCAAAGAUCCCCUCAUCCUGCUGCUGCUGGCUUCGGCGGUCAUCAGCGUCCUCAUGCAUCAGCUUGACGACGCCAUCAGCAUCACAGUGGCCAUCAUCAUCGUCGUGACGGUCGCCUUCGUUCAGGAAUACCGCUCAGAGAAGUCUCUAGAGGAGCUCGGGAAGCUGGUUCCUCCAGAGUGUAACUGCAUCAGGGAUGGGAACCUGGAGCACCUGCUGGCCCGAGAGCUGGUUCCUGGAGACACCGUCUGCCUGUCGGUGGGGGAGAGGGUCCCAGCAGACCUCCGCCUCUUCGAGGCAUCCGAACUGUCCGUGGAUGAGUCCAGCCUGACCGGAGAGACCACCCCCUGCUCCAAAUCCACCUCCCACCAGUCGGCAGCCACCAACACAGACAUCGCCUCCCGCAGCAACAUCGCCUUCAUGGGGACACUGGUGCGCUACGGCAAAGCCAAGGGCAUCGUCAUUGGAACCGGGGAGAACUCUGAGUUUGGGGAGAUUUUCAAGAUGAUGCAAGCUGAGGAGGCUCCUAAAACUCCUCUCCAGAAGAGCAUGGACCUGCUGGGGAAGCAGCUGUCGCUGUAUUCCUUCGGCAUCAUCGGGGUCAUCAUGCUGGUGGGCUGGCUGCAGGGGAAGAGAAUCCUGGACAUGUUCACUAUCGGCGUCAGCCUGGCGGUGGCGGCCAUCCCAGAGGGUCUACCCAUCGUGGUGACGGUGACGCUGGCGCUCGGUGUGAUGCGCAUGGUGAAGAAGAGAGCCAUUGUCAAGAAGCUUCCCAUUGUAGAGACUCUGGGCUGCUGCAACGUGAUCUGUUCAGACAAGACGGGAACUCUGACCAAGAACGAGAUGACGGUCACGCAGCUGUUCACGUCAGACGGACUCCAUGCCGAGGUGACGGGCGUCGGGUACAACGGAGCCGGCGAGGUUUUACUGAGCGGCGAGAUCAUCCACGGCUUCUCCUGCCCCUCAGUCAGCAAAAUUGUGGAGGUGGGCUGCGUGUGCAAUGACUCUGUCAUCAGGAACCACAACCUGCUGGGACGGCCCACGGAGGGAGCGCUCAUCGCCCUCGCCAUGAAGAUGGGCCUGGAGAGCCUGCAGCAGGAGUAUGUCCGUCUGGAGGAGCAUCCGUUCACCUCGGAGCAGAAGUGGAUGGCUGUUCGCUGUGUUCACCGCACGCAGCAGGAUAAGGCUGGAGUUUACUUCAUGAAGGGGGCGUAUGAGCAGGUGAUUCGUUUCUGCAGCUCCUACAGCAGCAGAGGCGUCGCGCUUCCCCUCAACAACCAGCAGAGGGAGCUCUACCAGCAGCAGAUCAGCUACAUGGGCUCCGCCGGGCUUCGAGUGCUGGCGUUCGCGUCGGGGUCUCAGAUGGGAAACCUCACCUUCCUGGGUCUGGUGGGCAUCAUCGACCCUCCCCGGUCAGGAGUCAAAGAGGCCGUCAGCACGCUCCUCAGCUCCGGAGUCGCCAUCAAGAUGAUCACCGGAGACUCCCAGGAGACGGCCGUGUCUAUAGCCAGCCGUCUGGGUCUGUUCUCUAAAGGAUGUCGGUGUUUGUCUGGGGAGGAAGUGGACCAGCUGGACCUGCAGCAGCUCUCUCAGAUUGUCCCCAGAAUCGCAGUGUUUUACCGAGCCAGCCCUCGACACAAGCUGAAGAUCGUCAAGUCCCUGCAGAACCUCGGCGCCGUGGUGGCCAUGACGGGUGACGGCGUGAACGAUGCCGUGGCUCUGAAGGCUGCCGACAUCGGUGUGGCGAUGGGCCAGACGGGCACCGACGUCUGCAAGGAGGCGGCUGACAUGAUCCUGGUAGACGACGACUUCCAGACCAUCAUGUCGGCCAUCGAGGAGGGAAAAGGAAUUUACAACAACAUCAAAAACUUUGUCCGCUUCCAGCUGAGCACGAGCAUCGCGGCGCUGACGCUCAUCUCCUUGGCAACACUGAUGAACUUCCCCAACCCGCUGAAUGCCAUGCAGAUCCUGUGGAUCAACAUCAUCAUGGACGGGCCGCCUGCUCAGAGUUUGGGGGUGGAGCCUGUGGACCGCGGCGUGAUCAGGAAACCUCCUCGUAACGUGCGGGACAGCAUCAUCACCCGCAGCCUGAUCGUGAAGGUCCUGGUGUCCUCGUUCAUCAUCGUCUGCGGGACGCUCUUCGUCUUCUGGAGAGAGCUGCGGGACAAUGUGAUCACUCCCCGAGACACAACCAUGACCUUCACCUGCUUCGUCUUCUUCGACAUGUUCAACGCUCUCAGCUCACGUUCUCAGACGCGUAUGGUCCAUGAGAUGGGGCUCUGCAGCAACAGGACCUUCUGCUACGCCGUCCUGGCCUCCAUCAUGGGUCAGCUGCUGGUCAUCUACUCCCCCCCCCUGCAGAGCAUCUUCCAGACGGAGAGCCUCAGCAUCUCCGACCUGCUGUUCCUGGUGACCCUCACCUCUUCAGUCUGUGUGGUGUCAGAGAUCAUCAAGAAGGUGGAGAGGUGGAGGGGGGCUGAGAGGAGCCCCCCCGCUGACCGCUUCUUCGAAGUAUGACCCCGCCCUCCCCUGCGCCACCCCUCCCUCGCCCUCUGAGGUCUGGAGGAUGAGGAAGAGGAGGAUGAAGGUCUCACCUGAUGGCACUGACUCAUUAACACUGCAAAGACUCCGGGUGGCUCCUGGAUUUGGGGGGGGGGCAGACUGGAUCAAAGUGGGGGGACAUGGUGGCUGCUGGACGGUCUCUGGGGGUCUGAUUGGACCUGCAGCAGCCGCUCGGUUCCUGUCCCCUCCCACUCUGGAGGAAUGACAUCAGAGCGAGCGCACCUUCCUGCCGCCAAGUGGCGCCUCUUUUAAGACAAACUUGGAGAUGUCUGCGGCGUUGGACAUGUCCACGUUGUCGUGGACUCUGCUGGUUCUGGUUUUUAACGUUUUUAACUGAUGGUGUGGACCGCUGCUGCACCUGCUUCUCACUUUAACCUCCAACAUGGAGGAAGACGUUUCCCUCCACUGCAGACGAAGGUGGAGGUGUACCGGAUCGUUCCACAUUCCUCCGUCACCCCCACAGAGGCGGAAAUGUCUUUAGCUUCCUGUUUGUGUCGUCGUCAUGGCAACAUCCACGCUUCCAAACAUGAGCUGGUCCUGAUGUGGAACUCCAUGAGAACUCCGGGUCGGAUUACAGUGGAUCCAUCUGAUGAGAGACCAGGAACGCAGAUCUAGAAAACCCAGACCCGAUGUUUCUGGUCUCUUUGUUCAGUCUGGAAACUCUGGAUCCAGGUUUUCAAACUG